AUGGAGGACACGCCCUCAACUACGACCGCAGCCACGGUCCGCGAGGGCCCUCUCAGCCUUCUGGACCUCCCAGCCGAGAUUCGGCGCCAGAUCUAUCGAGCAGUCUUACCAGCUAGGAUCGUCGUGCCGGUCAAUUGGACAGUGGUGGAUGAUGGCAGAGCCUGCUCUUUCUGUCACCAGAUCUAUCGAGACCAUGGAGACCAAUUCGACCAACUACAGAUCGCUGUUCGCACAGGUUCAGACCCAAGUCCAUUUUUCUCAUACUACUACAACAGCUUUCACUGUGACCCAACACAAUUCGAUCGCUUGUCGGGAGAAUCACACUUGCCAGAAUCCGCAAAGAGUCUCUGGCUCUCCUGCAAGACCAUACACGAGGAGAUCAAGUACGAAAGAACUACGAUCGUGUGGCUCCACGCACAAAAGUGGUCGGCCAUGGCUGAUUUCGGCCUGCAACUGUUGGACACAGACCCAAACUCGUGGAUGCUGACGGUCAGGCACAUGAAAAUCUCAGCACUCCUUCCCGGGUGGGUGUACGGCGACCUGAAGGAUUUUUGGACCAUCGCAACCGACGAUCUGUAUUCAGAGAUGCGGUGGCUGCCGCUUCUUAUGUCUGUGUUCAAGCGUCUGGAAGUCUUCGAGCUCGAGAACUGCCCUACUCCGCGCCACUCUCCACCACAAACGCCCUACAGCCCUGAGCUACUCAUGGUCCUGAAGGCGAUGUUAUCUGAGAGUCAUCAGCUCACGAGAGUGGCAUGGCGCGCUGCACGAAAUCAUGCUGACACUGGUCGGCCGCGGCUGGCACCUCCAGACUAUGCCGAUAUUGACGUGCUACUCUUCGCCAAGUCUCAAUCUCCAAGAUCCGGCCACGUGGAACUUGACGUCGAUGAGGGUCUACAGAGUUGCUACGACCGAGCCUUCAAUGCCGGCGCAGCAUGCACUGAUGCGGCAGCAGACCUGGACGAUGCGCAUACGAACCCUCGGUACGUGCUUGGGAUGUGGUGCGGAUUUUGA